UUUGUCCCGUGGAAAUUGGGGUUUAUUGGAGGAGUGGUUUGUGAAAGACUGAAAGUCUUCUCUUCUCUUCUCUGCUUUGAAACCCUUCCCAUCGCAAUGUCUCCCUUCUCGAAGCUCUCAUUGUUGAUACUCAUGGUGGCCGUCUCCUCCGCGAAGGCCUCCGACAGCGACGAAAGAGUGAGCGAAUUGCUAGCCCUUCAAUCCAGAUCCAAAUCGGGUGUUAUCCGCCUCAACGACCAAUCCCUGGCCCGCUUCGUCACCUCCGUCAAAACCCCCAGACCCUACUCCGUCCUCCUCUUCUUCGACGCCGCACAGCUCCACGACAAGUCGGAGCUCCGCCUCACUGAACUCCGCAACGAAUUCUCCAUCGUCGCAUCCUCAUUCCUCGCCAACAACCCCUCCAACGCCAAGCUCUUCUUCUGCGACAUCGAGUUCAAGGAGUCCCAGCUCAGCUUCUCCCAAUUCGGCGUCAACGCCCUCCCCCACAUCCGCCUAAUUGGGCCCAACAUGGGCCUCAAGGACUCCGAGCCCAUGGACCAGGGCGACUUCUCCCGCCUCGCCGAGUCCAUGGCCGAAUUCGUCGAAUCCAGGACCAAACUCUCCGUCGGCCCAAUCCACCGCCCCCCGCUCUUCUCGCGCAACCAGUUGAUCCUCAUCGCCGUCGUCAUCCUAGUUUGGAUCCCCUUUUUCGUCAAGAAGGUUCUCGCCGGCCAGACCCUGCUCCACGACCCUAAGGUCUGGUUGGCCGGUUCGGUUUUCGUUUAUUUCUUCAGCGUCUCCGGGGCCAUGCACAAUAUCAUCAGGAAGAUGCCCAUGUUUCUCGUGGAUCGCAACGACCCUUCCAGACUCGUGUUUUUCUACCAGGGCUCCGGUAUGCAGCUCGGUGCUGAGGGCUUUGCUGUGGGCUUCUUGUACACCGUCGUGGGCCUGCUCCUGGCGUUUCUGAGCCACGGGCUCGUUAGAAUUAGUAAUGUGAGAGUGCAGAGGGUGGUUAUGAUUUUCGCGCUUUUAGUUUCGUUCUUGGCUGUGAAGCAGGUUGUUUACUUGGAUAACUGGAAGACCGGUUACGGGAUCCAUGGGUUUUGGCCCUCUAGCUGGAAUUGAGGUUUGAUGACACUCUCACUUCAUAAUUUUGGGUAUCAUUCCCAUUUUAAAAUCUAAACAUUAGCGAUAAUCUCUUCUUGUGUUAGAACUUUGCCGGAUAUUAUAUGUAAGUGUAACUUCUUGUCACUGCCCUUUUGUGCCUUUGCUGGAAUUUGAGUAUUAAAAAGUUUUUAUAAUCUGCGGAGGACGUUUUGUUUCGA